CAUCCCCCAAAACCAAAGAGUCUCAAAACUGUUUCUCUGUACCAUUAUGCAAAAGCUGUUAGCUGAGGUGUUGGGCACAUAUUUUCUGAUAUUUACCGGUUGUGCAGCAGUGGUGGUGAGUGCCAACAAUGACAAUGCGGUUUCACAUCCGGGGAUCGCCACGGUGUGGGGAUUAGCCGUGAUCGUCUUGUUUUACUCGUUGGCUCACGUUUCCGGUGCCCAUUUUAACCCUGCAAUCACCAUUGCUCUUGCAACCUGCGAAAGAUUUCCUCUCGAAAAGGCAAGCGUUUAACCCGAAAU